ACGGAUUCGUGUCCCGGCGAACGUCCAUGGAAGCACCGGGCGUCGACAGCCGGGUCCCAGGCACUGCAGCCGGGGCAGAGUUGCGAUGGUUGGGCGGCAGGCUCCUGGACGCCAACGUAACAGGGGGGUUUGUGGGGUCUCUUUCAUCGAGAAAGGCAGGAGAACAGGACUAUAACCUGGUGUUGCAUCGAGUAUCCACAGAGACAUCGCCCUUUGCAGAGACAGACGUAGACUAUGAAGGGCUUCCUCAGGAAGUCGCGACCAGCACACACAUGCUGGCGGGGUCCGUGGCUGGAAUCAUGGAGCACUGCCUUAUGUACCCCAUCGACUGUGUCAAGACUCGAAUGCAGAGCCUGCACCCCGAGCACGGAGCACGCUACAGGAACGUGAUGGACGCCCUGCGGCAGAUUGUGCGGACUGAGGGUUUGUUGCGGCCAAUCAGAGGUGUGAAUGUUCUGGCGGUGGGGGCAGGACCUGCCCACGCUCUUUACUUUGCCUCCUAUGAGAAGAUCAAGUUUUCACUCAGUGAUGCCAUUCACCCUGGAGCCAAUAGCCACUUCGCUAAUGGAGUGGCGGGCUGCAUGGCUACAGUGCUGCACGAUGCAGUAAUGAACCCAGCUGAAGUUGUGAAACAGCGAAUGCAGAUGUUCAACUCCCCGUACCGUGGUGUCCUCGACUGCAUGGGAUCCUUGAUGAGGCAGGAAGGCUCAGCAGCUUUCUACCGAAGCUACACCACCCAGCUGACCAUGAACGUGCCCUUCCAGGCGCUUCACUUCAUGACCUACGAGUACCUCCAGGAGCUUCUCAAUCCCCACAGACAGUACAACCCUUCCUCCCACGUGGUGUCAGGCGCCCUGGCCGGAGCUGUGGCCGCCGCCGCCACCACUCCGCUAGAUGUCUGCAAGACCCUUCUUAACACACAGGAGGCUCAGGCCAUACACGUGGUCCAGGCUGACGCAGCAUCGGCAGCUGGAGCAGUGGGAGCAGCCACCGCCUCAGCACCUGGAAGCCGCCACAUCUCUGGGCUGGGCGAGGCUUUUCGGACUGUGUACAGGAUGGGUGGCACGCCGGCGUUCUUCAAGGGCGUCCAGGCCCGUAUCAUCUACCAGAUGCCCUCCACCGCCAUCAGCUGGUCUGUCUACGAGUUUUUUAAAUACAUCAUCACCAAGCGACAGCACGAGAGAAGGCUGCGUGGAGACCGCGAUGGAGACAAAUAAAAAUUCUGUUUUGGUAAAAGCAACAGAAAGGUCAACGCUCCGUAGAGGUAGCUGUUAUCAGUUUUGAUUUCUGAACGUCUAAAAGGUUGAAAAGCUCGAUGAUUUUAGAUUCUCUGAGCUAAAAGUCAAAGCUUAUUGUUUACUUAGAUCGGCCAAGCUAGCUGUGAUCUAGUUCAUAACAGGUGAAGACAAGAUGACUGUUAUGAGGACGCUUGUCUUAUUGACUUAAGUACAAGAUGUGGAGUUCAAUCUUCGCUAUAGAACAGGCCUUGAAAUCAACAACAGGAAGUCCUGCUUUCCCAAACUCACCCCAUUACAUCCUCACGCUUUAUCUAUAUUUCAUUUUAGUGUUCAACUUGACAAGCUUCUUUUAUUAGCUUUCAAAAAGCAUUUUAUUUAUGGACUAUGAACUCUGUAAAUUUGAAUUUGGCAAUUUGAACAAAAAAAAAAUACUCUGCAUCCCCCAGUCACCUACCAAGCAGUUUCUUAGAGUUAAAACCUUUUAUUUAUUUUUGCACUGAAGGACAUAAACAGCUAGCAGUCGCUCUGAUGGGAAAACGCUACAAAAUCCAUAAAGCUCAAAGUCAGCACUUUGACCUCAAUGUAACUAUCCAGUGUGUUUGAACAAGAACAAAAAUGUCCUCAUAUUCAAGUGCUCAAGAACUGCUCUGUAAAGUGAUUUAACCCUCCCCACCCCUUCACUGCACAUGUUGCACUUCUGAAAAGUAUUACUACAAGUAUACCUCCUGACCACAGGGGGGCGCACAGCUUCACAAGCAAAUUAACUUGAGGUUCUAGAAACUAAUAUAUCAUAUCCAUUUGACUACUUGAGCUGGUUAACAGUAACUUUUUACUCAGAGGAGACUGAAAAAAAUGUUGAAGGGAGUUUAUUCUAAAUGGAAUUAGUUACAUGAAUUUACCCAAAUUCCGCUGAUGUGGGCAAGACGGCCUGUGAUUUAUUAAUAUCCUUUACAUUAAUUCAUUUUGGAUUGACUACAUUUAAGUUUUCAAGCCUUGAGUGGAACAGCUGUAUGAGUGUGUGUGUGUGUGUGUGUGUGUGUGUGUGUGUGUACGUGUACGUACGUGUGUGUGUUUGUGUGUCAUCCAGUGACUGGAUGAGUGGAAAUUCAGCUUCAUAGAGCUCAGCAGCGACUCUGACCAGAACUGAUGUUAACACAGCAUGUCGCCAGGAAACACUGCCCACCAUAAUAGUGCAAGCACGUCAUGGAACCCCUCAUCUUCCUUUACAACGAACACUUCAUACAGGUACGAGCAGCUGUGGGGCUCUGCCGCACAAAAUUUAGAGAUACACUUUCUGGCUGUUUUUAGUUCUAAGGAAAACUAGAUGAAAUGAAACUUAUCUGGAAAUUGAAGUGAAUGAUGUAUUGUUUAUGGUUGAAUAAAAAUCAUACCAGCUGCAUUUCA